AUGAAGAACCAAUUGGGCCAUCGUUUCGAGCUCCGUUCGUAUGAAACCGACGCCACGUUCGAUCCGCAAGGCAAGAAGGAUCAAUGGGAGCGAUUCAUCCAUUUCCUCGAGCAUAAGAAUGAACAAGGACGAGGCAGGGUUAUCUAUAAAUUAAUUUUCGUCAUUAGACAUGGCGAGGGGUACCAUAACGUCAAGGAGCGCGAAGUAGGGCGCCAGGCUUGGGAUUCUCAUUGGUCGCUUCUCAAUGGCGACGGAAAGACCACCUGGUCCGAUGCUCGCUUAACGGAGGAGGGAGAGCGACAAGCACGACAACUCAACGUAUUCUGGCGGCGCUCUCUCCGAGACACUAAAAUGCCGACGCCUGAAAAAUAUUAUACAAGCCCCCUCGCUCGCUGCCUUGAGACGACGAGAUUGACCUACUCGGGGCUCGACGUCCCUUCGGACCGACCUUACAGACCAAUCAUCAAGGAAAAUUUGCGAGAACGUUUCGGUGCGCACACUUGCGAUCGCCGCAGCGCGAGAAGUUGGAUUGUAUCCAAUUAUCCGGAAUUCAGGACCGAGUCGUCAUUCACGGAAAUUGACCAACAAUGGAAAUCAACAGAACGAGAGGCCGAGAGCGAGGUUGAGGGUCGAGUAAAGCAAGUUCUGGACGACGCGUUCCUUAGUUACAAUACCGUCGUCUCGUUCACCGCGCAUUCCGGCCUGAUCAGAGCCCUGUAUAGCCUCACACGUCACAGAGAGGUUUGGGUGGCUGCUGGAGUGCUGGUACCAGUCUUGAUCAAGGGGGAGAUAGUUGAGUAA